AUGCUCGCCACGCUCUUCACAACCCUCGCCCUCCUCGCCGGCGCCUCGGCCGCCCCAGCCCCGUACCACUGGACCCAGCAGUCCAACAGCAGCGCCUCGUGGCAGAAGCCCGCGCCAGCCAACGGCACCUGGCUCGCGGCCAACGGCACCUGGUCGACCCCGACGCCCCUCUGCGCCGGCCUCACCCUCCCCCUGCCCGCGAACCAGACUGUCCUCGCCAUGCCCGCCGGCCAGAGCGUGACCCUCGCCACCGUGUCGCGCGGGGUGCAGAACUAUACUUGCACGAACGGGGCUUGGGUUUCGGCUGGCGCUUUGGCCAACCUCUACGACGUCGGCGCCCUCCUCGAGGCCACGGCGCCCGUCGUCUCGUCCCAGAAGCUGACGGACGGCCUCGCGCCCCUCUUCCUUGCGGCGCAGCCGUUCCCGGCUAGCAACCCCCCGCCGACGCUGCAGCACGAGUUUGUGCAGACGCCCCAGGGCCUCCUCCCGCGCUUCUUCGACCCCAACUCCAACGCCAGCGUCACCCUCUCCAAGACCGGCGUGCUCGCCUCCCCCGACAACUCGACCGCGGACAUUACGUGGCUCCAGCUGACUGCCGUCGACGGCGACCUCGCGAAGAGCGUGUUCCGCCUGCAGACUGCGGGCGGACAGCCGGCGGGGGGUAACUGCUCUGACGGGGCGCAGGCGAGCGUCGACUACGCUGCCAUGUACUACUUCCUCAGCUAG